GCACACCUGAGUGACACACCUUAAGGGAUGAGUCCAUAACUACCCUUGCAUGGACUGGUGAAGAUUAAUGACUUCUAUCUCACAGCCUGGCUCAUUGACGUGAAGGGGACAUAGGUGUGAAAAUGUUCACGUUUUUACAGUUCAUGGAGGGAAUUACGCAACACAGUUGAAGAGGUCAUUUUUGAUUCUGCCAUCUGGCAUUGAAUCCCUACCCCUUUCUAUAAUCUGACGGCUUCAGCAAAGUACGUUUUGAAAAUAAAAACAAUAUGCAAGCACACGAGGAAUCUCCGGACAGCGGUGUUAUGGACGAAAAAGACUCUCCAACACACCACUCGGAGAAAGAAGGGGAGACCACCGAAGUUAAGCCGCUUACACGUCGGAAAAAGAAGAUAAAGUUAGCCCCGGAACCCAGUACGGAUAAGCUGAACGAAUCCCUAGGUAUGAGUGGAUCCUUAACAGAACCAUGGUGCGGAAAAUUGGAACCCGUGGAGGAACCGGGGCCAUAUCCCGGUCCCUUUAACACAUCUCUCUUCUGGAUAAGGCAUGGUCACCAUAACUUGGCCCCUAUGCCAGGGAGAGUCAACGAAAGCCCCACGGUGGAUCCAAAGAGUGUACGGCCUGCAGUUGUCAAUGGGGUCUAUUCUCGUAGUGGGGUCAGUCACACGACCCCGGAAGUGUUUCCGUCAACCACCAUUGCGCCGUGGAAGCAAGGAAAGGGUGGGAAAACUGUUCACACGAAGGUGUUCUUACGGAUGACUUUCCGUAAAGUGGGUCAGGUGGACACCGUCUCGGAAACCUUCAAUGCUGACGUCAUUAUUCAGGCACGGUGGCUGAACGACGAUAGGUUGUUCGACACCAAAACGGACUCUUUGGGAACGAUGAGGGUGGAAUGGAGUCCAAUGUUGUACAUAGAAAACACGGACAGUAAUAUUACGAAAGUACAGGGAAGGGAGCUAUGGACCAGCCCGACCACUGGGGAGGAUUACGUCAUCGAAAGGCUAACGGCCAGGGGGACAUUCACAGAAACCAUGGAGCUGGACUAUUUCCCCUUCGACUGCCAGAACUUGACGGUGACAGUGGCGUCCGAGCGGUCGUCAGAGGAGAUAACUCUGUCACCUGACCCUCUGGAUCCCAGUUAUCUCCACCAGGGAAAUUUCGUCGAUAAACAGGAGUGGCACCUCUUCGAACACGUGGACACUCACGAGCCGGAAGGGUACGAGUCUGACAUUGUCACCACCUUGACUCGUAGACCCGCCCUCUCCUUCACUUGUCAGGCGGCCCGUAAGCUCGGCUACUUCACAUGGAACGUGUUCCUUCUCUUGGCGAUAAUAUUCCUUAUGCACAUGUGUUCCUUCUCGGUGGCGAAGACAGCCUAUAACGCCAGGCUGAGCUCCUCCUUCACCAUGUUCCUAACAGCCAUUGCCUUCAAAGUGGCACUGAACCAAUACCUACCGAGGAUAUCCUAUCUCACUUAUAUGGACUCGUACCUGCUCAUCCAGCUGGUCCUGAUGGCUUUCGUGUGUGGAUGGCAUGCAACUGUCUCUCACCUGUCCACCUCAGAGUUGACCGAACAGAUCAUGGUUAUCAUCGUGAGCGUCUUCUACGUCGUCUUCCAGGUCGUUUUCAUCGCUGUCGUCUAUUUCAUCCCUGGUAGAAAACGACGGGAAAUACACGCGAAGCAUAAGGCUCACAGACAGUUUCUCCUGAGGAGGGCACCCCCCGCGUCCAGUUAUGCCUAAUUCUGCGUCAGUAAGGAUCAUAUGUAAACUCUAUACGGGAUGAUGUCGACAAUUUUGUCCCCUGGAUGCUUAGAGCGAAGUUAUUCUACAUACCAGUUGAAUAUUUGUGGAUCUGCAACUGUUCCUGUUAUCAAUGGGACAUGACACGGAAAUGGGAUCAUCGUGACACCUUGGAAAAGAACUGCAGAAGCCAUACCUCUAGUUUGGCAUACGGCAUACUCACAUGGGAUGUGAGACUCAUUUCCAAUAGGCAGCUGGAAAAUCUUCCCGAUAAGGGUAAAACUAUAGCAUGUAUCUUGCCGUGUGCAUACAUGUGCUGUUAUGCGCUGGGCGUUUAGUUGUGAAUAAGACCGUCAAUUUUCCCAGAUGGAUUAAUACAUUACACCUGAAUUAUCCUUGUGUAGGACGUUAUAACAUCAUCAUCAUCCAUUUGUAUUUGUGUAAGACGACAUCAAUGUUUCCUGCAGUCAGUAAUUGUUGCUAUUGUACACCAAUCUGAAUAUAUUGAUAUCCUACAUAUAUAUAUGUUCAUUGAUCGCCUUGAUCACAUACCUACAUGUAUAGGGCAUUAACUCAUUAAGAUAAAAUGCGCACUUGUUUGUGUACAUCUGCCGAGUUUAUUAUUUUGAGUUUGUCAGAGAACAAUGAAAAAACUAAAGAAACCGUAUUUUGCGAAGGCAUAAAUACUGUCGGCAUAUUACUACAAAAUUAAGGCCUAUUUGUCUAUAUCGAAUGACAGCCCCAUUGGCAGCAUUGUGGCAGAUAGCCUAUUUAGCGUUGAAGAAUGGCCAGUUACAGUUGUAUUACGAUGGAAGCGCUAUAUUCCUGUUAAAGGACGACCAGUUGCCGUCGUAUUAUGAUGGAAGGCCUAUUUGUCUGUAUGGGAGGACCCUCUCAUGACCGCUAUUGCGACAGAAGGCUAGCUAUGUCUAUAACGUUGAAAGGUAGCCCCAUUACGGGAGAAGGCCUAUGUCUGUAGCGUUGAAAGACGGUCAGUUACCCUCAUAUUAAGGCGAAAAGCUUAGUUUCCUGUUGAAGGGCCACCAGUUACCGUCGUAUUACGAUGGAAGGUCUAUUUUUCUAUAUUGAAGGGCAGUCUCAUUGCUGUCAUUACUGCAGAACGCCUACCUUCCUGUUGAAGGACGGCCAAUUGCCGUUGUAUUACGAUGGAAGGUCUAUCUCUCUGUUGAAGCAUGGUCCCUUUUCCGUCAUAUUACGAUUGAAGACAUAUCUCCCUGUUGAAGGAUGGCCCCAUUACCGCUACAUUACGAUGGAAGGCCUAUAUCUCUGUUGAAGCAUGGUUCCUUUUCCGUCAUAUUACGAUUGAAGACAUAUCUCCCUGUUGAAGGAUGGCCCCAUUUUCGCCACAUUACGAUGGAAGGUCUAUCUCUCUGAUGAAGCACGGUCCCAUUCCCAUGGAAAGGCAUAUCUUCGUGUUCAUUGCCUAACCGCUAUUUGCAUAUUGCUGCCUCACUCAAACAGUGUAUACACGAUAUAGCCCAAAUGAUGACCCCAGUCAUUCAUGUAGUCAUCCAUACCAACCAAGAGGAGAUGUUUCUCAAAGCUAUUGUAAAGUGUCUGUGGUCGUAAGUACUAAGGCGGCCUAUAUGCGACGUCUUGGUGAUAAGGUCGGUGUAACGUUUCGAUCUUCCUGGGCCGUUGAUCCGUAGUUUUCAUUUUGGUGUACAAGGUAUGAUGUUUAACAUUCUUUCCAAUUUGGCUGUUUCGACUUCAGAGGACUUAAUAAAGUUACAUGGUACAGUACAUGAUAAAUAUUAUAUCGCUUUUUCGCAUUAUAUGACCAAUGGCGUUGUCUGCCUUCUAUGGUAAUAAAUGUAUAUAUAUAAAAAUGUAAGAUGUGCCUAUAAGAAUUUUUAGAUUCAGUGCUUAGAUUCGUCUCCUGCUAACGCUUUGUGCCAAACUUGUUGUUGUUGUUGUUGACAAUCGUUUAUCAUCUUUUAGUGCUC